AAAAUCCGGAAUCUCUAAAGUAUAUGGCUGCUAUGGGCAAAGGCAUUCUCAUGGCAGCAGUAUUCGAAGGACAGCAUGUAUGUGCUACAUGUUCGCGUAGCAUUAGUGGUGUUUUCCAGUUUACUAUCCACGCCGACAAAGUGACUUCUACCGUGAUAGCAGGAACUGUGGUCACACUAAGCGGAAUAUAUGCGAUAUACCAGUAUAAAUCACGUCAACUUAAACUGACAAUGAAGGGGGCUAUUGAUAAAGGCCUUGGUGGGGAGAGAGAAGACCAGGAAGUCAGCGACAUCCUACCAGGAAAGCUUCAUGUUGCACUGCAAUGUUUCACGGGCAAAAGAUUCCUGGAAGUUUUAGACGAUUUUAAAUCGGGUAGAAUAAAAGAACGCUUGGAAAAGGAGUUUUUGGAUAUUGGCAUUGAAACGGAAGAAUUGGUGGUUGAAAUAAGAAACAUUGAAGAAGUAGAAGAAAGAGCAGCGGCGAUUGUCACGAGUACUAUGGAGAAAUCAGAAGAUGAAAAUCUACGAAAGAAACCAAGGGAAUGUGCAAAGUGUGUGCACGCAAAAAAUUCUGGGAAACCCGAGAAUAUCGAUUCUGAGAAUUAUUCUUCAAUUAGUGAAUUUGAGGUUCCAAGAAAUGGAGACAAUGGAAAAGUACACAAAAAGAAAAACGUUCAGAGAGAUCCUGAACACUCACUUUCUACAGAGUAUUUGGAAAUUGGGCAUACCAGUGAUUCAAAGAGUGUAGAAACAAUAAAUAUUCCUGGCCAGGAGGGUCUUCUGGCUUCAACAGCGCAAGUGGAUCAACCAGAACAAACAUGUCAAUCCAAUAAUACAAUCACCGCAGCUACUGCGCAUGCACCUGAGAUCACAAACACACAGGAUGCAAACACAAGCAACACACUGUCACAAUCCUCCACUGAUAGUAACCUGAGGCCUCAUCGAAAAUAUUCUUUAAAACAUGCUCGAAAAAUCGAUAACCAUACGCUAAUGGAUGAUCAAUUAACGUCUUCAGAUCAUAUACCUGAAUAUAUUUUUAGUAAACUCAUGAUAGCAGAUUACACUUUGCGUGAACUUAAAUUAAAAUCUUUAAACUCAAAUGAAGAUAACGCUAGAAAUUCCUAUAAUUCAGAUGACGAUGAGGAUGUAGAUGACGAGGAUAUUGUAGCUGUGAAUUCGAUGGAUGCCUUAAUCGGUACUUUUCAUUGUUCCGAUAACUCUUUACGACGUUAUCUUGCCAAUAGAAUGUCUACAUGUCAGCUUAGCGUUCCGUUUCUUGUGCCUGACCUGGCAGCGCCUACGGAGAACGUCACAAUGUUUCUAUCAGCUUUGGAGAGCAUCACGAAGUCUUGGAAGACUGGUUCUAAUGAAAAUAAAAGCGUGUACGAAGUGUUUGCGACAGAGCAUCCAUUUCCAAUCGUUUCCUUCAUCCGCAUCGGCGAAAUUGCCAAGUCAAAAUCAUUCUUAAUUAAUAAAAUUAUGAGUGAUGGAAGCAAUCAUCACGACUUUUUUUUUCACAGAGAAAUGAAGGGUGGUGACGUCGAGCGUAAAGUGAUCGGUGGAUUGGUUGAAUUGAGCUGGUAUCUUCCAAGUAGUGGACAGGGACAAAAAUUGCAAAAUGAAAUUUGCUUUUUAAACCUUCGAGGAGACGCCAGAGAUUUUGAAAAGCAAUUAAAUUUCCUUCUCAAGAUCUCGUCCGUGUUAUGUAUAGUACUAACCUCGCAGUGUCCGGAUGAAACCACGAUGGCUGUCUUGAAUAAAGCAACACAAAGCGAAGUAGUAAAGAUUUAUCUCAUCUUUCCGGAAGCAACACAGAAACAGAAACAGGCACAGACGAAGAAUUAUUUCAAAGAUUUAAAAAGUAAACACAGCGAUAAGCUUUCCUUGGUAAUGAACGACAGCAAGUUCAAUGAUCACAAGCUUUUGGAUAAAAUCCGAGCAGCUAUCCAAAAGGCUAUCCAAGGGGUGAAAGCAGUACCUUUAGUGAACCUUGCUCUUGUCGCUGGUGGACACGGUAUCUCACUUGAUUACGACCAAUCAGAUCCAAACUUCUGGAAAACUGUGGACAGCUGGUUGCAAAUGGGCAUCAAAGAAGCUAAAACUCUUAUGAAGUUACAAACGCAUAUUCCAGAACUGGCGAAGUUGGAUCGCGAAUUGCAUCGUCCAAAAUCUUCCAGGAAUGACGAAGUAUUUCAAAAGAUUGAAGAAUGCGAAAAGGCUAAAAUAGCAUCUUUCAGUGACUUAGACGAAAGAAUUCUUCACUGUCUUAAUUUGAUUGCAACGAUGAAUGGACGGGAACGAAAUAACGCCUUGAAUAAAUUAAAGCAGCAGUUGGACAAGAUGUCUCUGGAGCUCAAAACCUGUUCGUUUCGAGAUGAUCAAAAGCAAAAAUUGGAGAUUCACGCCACGUCACGGGCUGAACAAUCAAAACAAAUAGAUGAACCAAAGUUCUCGUUUGGUUUAGAGCACAUCAUCCGGGAACUAGCGCAGCUAUACCAGCUCACAAAUAUCUCUACAAACGACUAUGCAGGUGCUGCUGCAGACAUGUUGCUUUCUGGGCAACCUCUGGAGAUACUGGAUGGAGAUUCCUUUUACAUUCCACUGCGAUGGUUCGAUGCUGUAUAUGGUAAACUUCAAGACAAGACAAAAAUGCCAAAAUUUUCAUCAUUUCUGUUCUAG